AUGUUUUAUCCUGUCAAAAUGGUGACAGUUUUAACGAGCCGACAGAAGAAGGCUCGAUGGUAUUUUACAAUUGUCGUUGCACGAAAUGCGUUUUAUCAAGUGUGUGACGUAUGAAUUGCGAUCUUGAUACGUGCAACAUGAAAACGAAUUAUGUUAUUUGUUUUACACGUAAUGCAGUUGGUUACACGAUCCUCGUUAACGGAACUUCAAAUUUAACCUAAUAAUAAAAACAGUUGUUUACGUAUUAAUAAUAUAUGAAGGCAGCAUACAGACAUCGGUUAUUCGUAUAUAAUAUAAAAUGUGUUAAACCAUUCGUUAAAUGUCACAGCAUCACUAUUUGUUCAACAUUAAUUCGAGAAAAAAAAACAUUGAAAAACACUGAAAGAUAGAAAUCGAAGCUAUAUAACUACAUAUAUUUCAAGCAACAGAUAUUUAUUAGCUUCGUUGAAGACACACGAAAGUGCCAAAAUGAUUUCUCAAUUGUCUCACGUUAUGACUCUGGCAAACAGCAUUAUUGGAGUAAGCGUUCUCGCAAUGCCGUUUUGCUUCAAGCAAUGCGGUAUUGUCCUAGCUACGUUAGUUUUACUGUUGAGUAGCAUUUUAUCCAGACUCGCUUCUCACUUUCUUAUCAAGUCAGCUGUUAUGUCGAGAAGACGCAACUUCGAGCUUCUGGCUUUUCAUGCCUUUGGCCACAUGGGCAAAAUCUUGGUCGAAUUAUUUAUAAUUGGUUUUCUCGUGGGGACAUGCAUUGCUUUCUUUGUUGUUAUGGGCGACCUAGGACCACAAAUUGUGGGAAAAGUGAUAGAUAAAAAUCCAGAGAACAUUAGGACCAGUUUGCUUGUAACAACAAGUGUUUUCAUAGUUUUGCCAUUGGGACUACUUAAAAAUAUUGACAGUCUGUCUAGUCUUUGUACUGCUACCAUUAUCUUUUACUUUUGCCUUGUGUUGAAGAUAAUAACAGAAUCUAUACCACGCAUUUUUGCUGGGGAUUGGUAUGAAAAUGUUUAUUAUUGGAGACCAUCAGGUAUACUUCAGUGUGUGCCUAUCUUUUCUAUGGCACUGUUCUGUCAAACGCAAUUAUUUGAAAUUUAUGAAACCAUUCCAAAUGUUUCGUUAGAGAAGAUGAACCAAGUCGUACGAGGUGCAUUAAACAUAUGCACUAGCGUGUAUCUUUGCGUUGGGUUCUUCGGCUACAUUGCAUUUUGCACCCAACCAUUCACAGGGAACAUAUUAAUGAGUUUCAAGCCUAGUUUGUCAUCUGAAAUGAUUAAAAUGGGAUUUGUAUUUUCCAUUGCGUUUAGUUUUCCUCUAGUCAUUUUUCCAUGCCGUGCAAGUUUAAACUCUCUCUUGUUCCGCAGGAUGUACACUCACGAGCCUUCCAUUACUUACUUGCCAGAAACAAGAUUUAGAUGUCUUACUAUCAUAAUUGUAAUUGUUUCUCUAAUUACUGGGAUAAUGAUACCAAAUAUAGAAUUUGUUCUGGGCUUAGUCGGUUCUACAAUCGGAGUAAUGAUAUGCUUGAUACUUCCUGCAAUAUUUUUCAUCUCCAUAAGCAGCAAGCACACCAAUGAAAGAUUAUUAGCCCAAGUAAUCUUAUUUAUCGGUAUUUGCAUAAUGAUCCUGAGUACAUAUGCAAACUUGUAUGCACUGGAGAAAUCCACUACGAUAAAAAUAUUAACAACAACGAGCAAAUCUUUUAACGAAAUAAAUAGUCUAUCGGUAAACUUGAAAAAUGAUAUUAAUGGGAUAGCAAGCAUUCCUAAGAAUCCAAAAAUUGUUUCAAGUAUAAGAGAUACAAUAGAGAAAUUACCAGAGUUGAAUGUUCCCGACAAUUCGUUGAAUCUCCAAGGAAACGAUAUGCGACAAGAACCGCCGAUACCAGUUGAACGCAUAGUUGUCACAGAGAAGUCCAACGUAGAGACGCAAAAGUCAGUUGAUAAUAUAUUGAUCACGCUUGCUCCACUUAUUAAAGAAACAGCGAUUGAAAUAAAGACCGUACAUGAAAAUCUUGGUAAACAAUCAAAGGAUAUCGUAAAAAAUGAAAUUAUAACGAUUGAAUCGGUUACUAAGAAAAAGGACGAAAUCGAUGCUGAGAAGGUGGAAAAGAAUUUCGUGGAUUUAAAGAAAAAUGACAAUCUUAUAAAUUCAGACGCUAUUAAGAAAGAAGAAACAGAAUUGGCUGCCGAUGCUGAAUCUGCUAAUUUAUUGGCUGUAGAGAGGCAUGAGAAACUGAGACAAACUUUAGAGAAACACAAACAAGAGCAGUUGCAAAUGAUGGAGGAACAGAAAGAGAUAUUGAAAGAUCUGAAACUGCAAAAAAACGAAAUUGAGAAAGAAAAGCAAAGUAUCAUAAAAGAUAUGAAGGAGGAGGUAAAGAAGGGUGAAGGAGAAUCAAACGCUCUUAACGAGAAGUUUAUUCUGCGAGUAAAGGAGAAUUUACCGAAUGUAAAUAUUAAUGACAAUGAACUAUCAAGGCAGCAGCACAGAGAAGGUCUUGUUUCUUCUAAUAAGACAAAUAUAAAGAAAGAACAGAUCAAUACAAAUAAAUUGUUGUUUGACAAUAAAGUAGAUAACGGACAUGUUAAAGAAAUGAAAAAGAGUGUAAAUAAUUCGAAUGAAUUACCUAAAGGGCCUAUUUUAAGUGCUUUAACAAAACGAGUGAUACAGAGGUCUAUUUCUAACAGUUCCAUUGGACUAAAUGACCGAAUUGAAAAAGUCGUGUACAAAGAUAAUUCUACAGCUGCAAUUUCUAAUUUAGAAGAAAAGUCGAAAUCGAAAAUCGAGAAGCUGCAACAUGAAUAUUCUCUACCGAUUGCGUUAAAAAUGCGAAAUCAAACGAAUGCAGAGAACACGGUACAAGUAGACAAGCAUGAAUUCGAGGAUGAGGUUCAAGUAAUUCAUAGAGACAUAUUAGAGAAACACGAACGUGAGAAACGGGAAAUAGAUGUUCAAGUUGAAGAAACCAAUACCAAAGUUGCGAGUGAUAUAAAAAAUGAGAAAUCCGGAUAUUUUAUAAAAAAUUUAACGAUUAACGACAAUCGCGAUAUAUGUUCUGACAAAAAUGGAAUACCGAAUAAACUAAACGUAAAAUUAAACAAAAAUUUAACGAAAGAGGAUACAACUGAGGUAUUGUUGAUUAAAACUAAUAUGUAUCUGUCAGGACAGGAAGUAGCGAAUGCUGUUUCAAUGGAUCCGAAUAUUCCUGUACGAGGAGAAUAUGUUAAAUUAAAACAGAGGGAUCUGAAAUCUAUGAAUGCUAAUGAUGAUUAUAAUGUUUAAGCUCUUGUAUACCUGAUUAAGUGUAAUUUGUACAAUGAUACGAUGUAUGCGCGAAAAUUUAAUUUUAUAGAAGA